AUGGAGGAAUGUGAAUUUAAAGAGCAUUUUCGAGUAAAUCGUAACACAUUUAAUUUCCUAGUUAAUGAAUUGCAUCCACAUUUAGGCAAAACUACCACAACUAUGCGAGAACCUAUUUCAGUAGUAAAACGUGUUGCAGUUGCAUUACAUUACCUAGCUUCAUGUGAAGAGUAUUGUGUUGUGUCUAGCCUUUUUGGCAUAGGAAAGUCAACAGCAAAUUUAUUUGUUCAUGAAUUUAUAAAUGCUGUUAAUGACAUUUUGCUCCCUAAAUAUGUUAAAUUUCCAUUGUCAGUGGAAAAUUUAAAUAAACAUAGUAGAGAUUUCGAAGCUAUUCUUGGUUUUCCACAAUGCGUUGGAGCUGUUGAUGAAUGCCACAUCCCUAUUUUAGCCCCUAAAGAUCAAGCAAUUUCUUAUUAUAAUUAUAAAUGGUAUUCAAUUGUACUUUUUUCCGUUGUAGACUGUCGAUACCGUUUCAUUUAUACAAGUGUUGGAUCGCCUGGUAGAAAUAAUGAUGGUAGAAAUUCAGCAUUUCCUUUAACGCGUCAUUUGUUAAAACCUUAUCCUGAAAAUUUGGAGCUUAGUGAAAUUCAAAAAGAUUUCAAUAAAAUACUUUGCGGAGCUAGAAGAGUAUUGAAAAUGCUUUUGGGCGCGUUAAAGCUCGAUUCCGUGUAA